AUGGGUGGAUUAAUUUCAAGAUGGAGGGCAAAGCCUUCCACUGUAGAAGUAUUAGAAAAAAUUGAUAAGGAAAUACAGACAUUAGAAGAAUUUAGAGAAAAAAAUCAGAGGCUACAGAAACUAUGGGUUGGAAGGCUGCUUCUCUACUCUUCGCUUCUUUACCUUAUCACCUGCUUAAUUGUAUAUUUGUGGUGUCUUCCUGAUGAAUGGACAGCAAGGCUGACUAUGACACUUCCAUUUUUUGCAUUUCCAUUAAUAAUCUGGUGCAUAAGAACACUGCUCAUUUUUUUCUUUUCCAAAAGGACAGAGAGGAAUAAUGAUGCACUGGAAGAUUUAAAGUCUCAAAAGAAAAAAAUACUUGAGGAAGUAAUGGAGAAGGAAACUUACAAGACUGCUAAAUUAAUCCUUGAAAGGUUUGAUCCAAAAUCAAGUGCAAAGGAGGCUGAACUACCAUCUGCUGGAACAUCUGCAACCCCAAGGCCUGGACAAGAAAUACGGCAGAGGACCACAGCUCAAAGAAAUGCUUCUACAUCCCCACCUGUGACUCCUAAACAAGGCUCUCCAAAGCCCCUGCUUCCAGUAUCUCCUACUCUGCAGAGAGAUGCAUCACCUCUGAGUGGACCUCCAGAAAGAACUGCUGUGCAAUCCUUGCAGUCAAACGUUUUACCAAGACGUCCUGGAUCCCCUGCUACUUCAGUGCCUGGAAUGGGUCUUCAUCCUCCAGGCCCUCCUUUGGCAAGACCUAUUCUUCCUCGAGAAAGAGGAGUUGUUGAUAGAGUUAUUGAAUAUUUGGUUGGCGAUGGUCCUCAGAACAGGUAUGCCCUUAUAUGUCAGCAAUGCUUUUCUCACAAUGGUAUGGCUUUGAAGGAAGAGUUUGAAUACGUAGCAUUUAGAUGUGCCUACUGCUUUUUCCUGAAUCCUGCAAGAAAAACUAGACCUCAGGCUCCACGACUUCCAGACUUCAGCUUUGAAAAAAAACGGCCUAAAGAGUUGCCAUCUGAAACUGAGCCUCUAGAGCCUGGAGAGACAAAGUCUCAGGAGACUCAACAGGCAGAAGAAUCUGGAGAAGACACAGCCCAGAUCACUGAGGCAAAUGAGACAGAUGAUAAAGCACCAAGUCCUGAGCAGCCACAUGAUAAGCUAUCUGAAGAAGUUGAAAAAGAAGAAGCAGAAAACAUUUCAGCAACUGAAGACUCUAUUUCAGAGGCUGUUCCAGCUGAACAAAGUGAAGAAUCUUUAAUGAAAGCAGAAUAAAGUACUUCAAGUGCCUUCUAUAGCUAGUUUUUAGCUUUGUUCAUGCCUGUUGUUACUAUUCAGGUGAGCUUUUUUUAAUGGUACAACUUAAAAAUCUCGCUUGAGCUUAAACUGCCUCAACUGCCACAGUAUGUCAA